UCUGGUCAAACAUGGUUAAGUUAUAGAGCGAAUAUUCAUACAACUUCACAUGGCCUCCAUAGUGUGGAUUGUGUCAAGAUUGCCUACAGGCGAAGUCAGAGUUGUUUGCUCAUUGUUUAGGGAUGGCGGUGACGCCUUCUUGGGGAGGAAUGAUGAUGAUGACACCUGCGUGCUGUAUCGAUGAGAUCCUCUUUACAGUGGUAUGCAAGGGGUAUCUUAAGUGUGCUGCUCAACGAUUGUGAUGAUUUUUCAUCCGAUUUUUCAUAAUUAACUGGGCAAUCUGGUUUUCGCUCGGUUUUUCCUAAUUAACCGAACAACUCUUUUCUUCUUAAUGAAUAAAGAAAUCCAGCCAUUUCAAUAGAACAAUAAUAGAAGGGCCACAACAAUUGCGGGCCACGGAUAUGUUGAAGAUACAGACUGCCACCACAUGGGGAGAGGUAAAGGGUAGCGACAGAAGCGAGAUAAACCCCAAACAGUUGGGACACAUGGAGCACGGGGUGAUCCUAUCUGGUGCCAUCCACCCAUCUAGUGCCACAAUGAAACCCAAGAUCCUAUGCAGCCCCGACGAAGUUGAAUUAGUAUGUUCCAUAGAUAUGCAUCCCACAGAACCAUGGAUCUUGAUGAGUCAUGGGCUCAAAGUUUCCAUCUGGAACUACCAAACACAGGUAAUAGAGAGAGACUUUAAUGUCAGCAACAAAGGUUGCGGCCUACAUGACCCAGUCGAGGUUACACCUGUUAAAUUUAUCCCCGAGGUGAAAUCGAUUGUGAUGGGCGAUAUUCGUGGCCACAUCCGCGUGAUCAGAUAUGAUACGAUGGAAGAAAAGGUUAACUUUGAUGCUCACAAUGGCAAUGCUAUCGAAUCAUUGGCAGUCCGCUCAACUGGUACGUUCCUGCUAUCGGCGGGUUAUUCCGGCAUGAUCAAGCUAUGGAAAUGGGAAAAUGGUUUGAGUUUGAUUGAAUAUAAAAAAUAUGAUGCUGGUUCUCGCACGGUGACCCAACUCAGGUUUAACGCAAACACUUUUCUUAGUUUUCAAGUGUCUGGCAUGAUAAAGGUCUGGUCAAUUGAUUGUCCCUGCCCUAUCGCCAUAAUACCUGCAAGACCGUGGUCAAAUGAAUCAUGGGGUCUUUGCAAACCAUUUGAUUAUCUUCCCACUGAGAGUGAUCGGAAAUAUAUGAUUACAACUACAAGGAAUGACACAUGCAUAUGGAACUUGGAUUUCCCGAAAAAAGAAAAAAGAAAGAUAUGGAACUUGGAGACAAAGGUGAACUUGGAGAUAAAGGUGAAUAAGGUUCACACACUUGCUUGGACAAAUGUCGUGGCAGUCGCUUGCCAUCCAACACUUCCGUUGAUAGUUAUAGUUACUGGGCACAGCCUGGGAACCUCAUCUCUUCACUUUUGGAGCUCUAUCAACUACAGGCUUGUGAAAACCAUUAACAUUGAGAGGACUUUCGGCUGGAUUAAAGAGUUUGGAUUUGCGGGCACAACAAGGCUCGUUGUCAUAUAUGGGCAAAAACCAUCUCAAAAGGAUAUAUAUGGGCAAUGGCUGCCAUAUAUAUGCAAUGAAAGAAUAGAAGUCCUGGAAAUAGAUAUGAAAGCAUUAGCAUGUCAGCAGGAAAAAGAUUGGACAUCAACAACGGUUCCACUAGUGGAGACUUCAGAUCAAGCAGCAACUGAUACCGACGGAGAUACCAGUACCUGCAGGGAUAGUUCCUGCAGAGACUCGGCUAGUGGUUACACCAGCAGUUCAGCGGUCCAACCAGCCAAGACUUAUGUGAACGAGAAUAAAGAAGCAAAACCUGCUGUCAUAUAUGGGCAAAGCCCAUCUCAAAACACAAAUUAUGGGAAAAUGCUGCCAUAUAUAUGCAAUGAACGACUAGAAGUCCCGGAAAUUGAUAUGAAAACAUCAGCAUGUCAGCGGGAACAAGAUAUGGCACCAACAGCGGUUCCACCGGUGGAGACUUCAGCUUCAGCAGUGACAAACACUGAGAGAGAUAGUACCUGCAGCAAUAGUUUCUGCAGAGACUCGGCCAAUAGUUACACCAACAGUUCAGCUGUCCAACCGGCCAAGACUGAUAUGAGCGAGGAUAAAGAAUCACAACCUACAACCAUAUAUGGGCAAAGGCUGCCAUUUAUAUGCAAUGGCAGAAUAGAAGUCCCGGAAAUUAAUAUGGAAACAUUAGAAUGCCAGCAGGAAAAAGAUAAGACAUCAACAACGAUUCCACCAGUGGAGACUUCAGCUCCAGCCACGACUGAUACUGACAGAGAUACCAGUACCUGUAGAAACAGUUCCUUCACAGACUCGGCCGACAGUUCAGCGCUACAACCGGAAAAGACCGAUGUGAGUGAGGAUAAAGAAGCAAAACCUACCACUACUAAACAACCUGCAGCGGAGGAAGCUGAGCAGAUGGAGCCUGAGGUUCUCCCCAAAGCAUUCAUUUCUAAUGUUUUUCCGUCAGAAAUGGAGAAGCUACACCAAGAGAAUGUUCUGCUGAGAGGAGAGGUCAAGGAAUUGCGUGAUGAAGUGAAUGUUUUGAUGAAGGUAGCCAAAGGAAGUGAUGACAAGAUCAACCACCUGCUCAUUUUGGCCUGUCUAAUAAUGUUUUUCAGUGGUUUGGUGGCAAACUGGAAGUGAUAAGAAUAAGAUAGCGGUU